UACGUUCGGUACCGUAGUAGAAGCAGAAGUACGUAAUCGAUCACUCAAACGAACAAGGAAACAGGCAAAGGAUAUCGUAUCGAAUCGUAUCGUAUCGUACCAUGCCGCUUCUUCGCGCCACCGUUUCCUCCGGCCCGGAAGUUCUCGCCAGGUUCAACUCCGACGGAACCCCCGUGUCGUGGUUCGAGGCGAACUGGCCCUUUGCAACCUGGGCGAUCUUUCUCUUUGGAUCCGGGGUGCUUGCGGCCAACUGGAAGAAGCGGGAUCAGUACUGGUAUGGAUGGCUGGUGAUGGUGGUAUACUGCCUCCACCAAUCGGAGGAACACGCGUACGAUGCCAGGGGCUGGCGAUAUUCCUUCGUCCCGUCCUUCAACGCGGGGCCCGUCUCGAAGAUCUUCCAGGACGUUUGUUCCGAGCGGGUGGCUGCUUCCCUGGAGCAACAAAAGGGCGACCAACUGCAGCCUCUCGGGUGCCCGCUCGAUCCCAAAAUCACGCUCUGGAUCAACGUGACCAUCGUUUGGAUCGGCUUUGGCGGGUGCAUGCUCGCUGCCACCCUGGAACCGAAGCGGUUUCUUUUUUCCGGGUCUCUCAACUGGGGAACGGCGGUCGUCAACGGGCUGUUUGGCCACCUGCUGCCGGCGGUUCUGGCCGGUUUUUCCUACAACCCCGGGACGGUCCAGUCGGCCCUCAUGGUGCCRCUGGGGCUCUACCGGGUGGUUGUCUCGGGGAGGCCGGGGCUGUGCCUCGCCCACGGGAUCGCCACCCACCUGGUGCUUAUUGGCGCGGUUCGGUUGGUCUAUCGGUACCACACCGACGAGACGGCGACGAUGGUUGCCGCGAUGCUCGCGGCCUGCCCGGGCCUGACGCUUGCUGUCUCGAACCGCGUUUCGAGACCAGGCGGCACGGCGGUCGAGGGCAAAAAGCAGGAGCACAAGCUCCAAUGAACCACCACGCGCUACGGGGCGAUGGGAUUCGAUGCGCCCGGUGGACGACGCUGCGGUCUGUAUCUGUUGCGGUGAGGAGCAGCAACAACGAAUGAAUGAAUUCAACCGAUUCGAACCAGAAGCUACCCUGAUCCGACGAGGGAUUUUGCAAUCGAAACCUGAGAAAACCGUGCGCAGACGGUUUCGACCCGAGGAGGAUGGAAACGCAACUGCAUUUGUACUGCAAGCUGCAAGGAAGUCUUUGGAUUGCGAAGAGAUAUGAAGGAAUUUGUGUCCAGGACGGAUAUGGAAAAAUCUAAUGAAUAAUCGAGACUGAU